GCCACACCUGCAUUAAACCGGGGAAGUCCGUCGGUGAACGGACAGAAGCGGCAAGGCGGACACCGAUAUCAGCUGGAGUUACGGAGAUUUGCGCCUUCGGUUCCAGAAAGCACCAAUGGUGUUCAGCGAGAGAGAGUUGUGGGACUUUACGCACGUCACACCUGGCUGGAAAUUAAAUGAAAACGGAGGCGCACGGCGCAAAAAUUGACAUAAGACUGACAAAACCCAGCGCGUAGGUUUUCCUUUGUGAUUACUGGCAGGGAGAGAGAACUAACACUGACUCGGCCAUUGGCUCUUCACUGUUUCUGGACAGAUUUUGUUUUGCUGUUUUUCAACUUUCUCUGCUGAUUAUCGGGACCCUGAUUACCAUAUAAAACCAGGCAACCAAUUUUAAAAGAACUACGCAUCACCAAUAAAAUGAGUCACUAAUAGCCUGUGAAAUGAAUCCAGCUGGUCAACAUAACAGAGGGGGGAAUACAGGCAUCCCAAAGCUCCCAGGUGACUGCCGCCGUGGAGGAACAAGCUAAAAAUUCUGCUGCUGCUGCUUGGAUUCUUUGCUUUGAAUAUUGAUGCAGUAAAGGACAAUUUGUAUCCACUGGCAGUGAGCUUGAAAGAUUUUCAUUCACACAAAGGCAACAGACCUAAGCUGACUUUCUGGGACCUUCCUGUACACACUGGUGCACACCAGGCUUAGUCAAGUCUCAUCAACUUCUGUCACAUUUUAGAUUUCCAUUUAGAAUUAGUUAGAGUGUUUUACGUUAAAAGUCUGCAAUCUUCUUUUAUCCUUUUCAUCAAGAAAUCCAGUAUGGGCCAAGGUUAUUGGUGGAUUCCGCUUUUUUUUUAAGGGGCUCAUCAAUACUAAUCAGGCUGGGACUAGCAGCAGGAUGUCAGAGUUGGACAGCUUUCCACCUUUGAAUGAAGACAGAGGCCCAGAUCUAGGCCUGAAUGGUCCAGCGGACCCAGUCCAAAUUCAGCACAGCAUCCUUGAGGAGCAGGUAGAGCUGUGGUGGUUCAGAGAUCCCAGAAAGUCAGUACUUUGCUACUGCGUCGCUGUGCUGCUAAUCCUGGGCUGCGGACUCGGAGGCGUCACCCUUCUUUCCACCACCACCAGUGUAUCGAGUGAAUGGAGGCUUGGUACUGGCACAGCCAUGUGCCUUCUGGCUCUGGGGGUUCUUCUCAAACAACUACUCAGCUCAGCUGUACAGGACAUGAACUGCGUUCGGAGCCGACGACAGAUAGACAUGUUAAAGAGUGGCGGCUUGUCGGACAUUUUGGUUGUGUUAAUCACAGGACUUUCACUGCUAAUUUGUGGAGGAGUUCUUCUAAAUUUGGCCCUGGUUUACGAUAUGCCAAAGCCAGGACAAGCCCUGAACGACAUGUACAUCUCUGGAGUGGUUUUGCUAGCAGGAGGAGGAGCGGCCGUGGUGGGCGUAGGAAUAUACACCGCGGUGGCUGUCCUACUUGAGAGGACAAGGCAUGGACGAAGACUUGUAGACCGAGUUCUGAAUGUGUUUACUGUGUCAGGACACAUGGACCGCCAUGCUCGCAGAGAGACUGCCUCAAGCUUGGCCAACCUAAUAUGAGACCCAACUGCAAUAAAGCUGUGUGAACAGAUUCCUCUCUCACCUUAAUUAGAGCAAAAUGUAACUUCAAAAGAUUUUCCUGAUGAAAAGAAAAGAUGGACACCUCACCUGAUUAAAAUAUGCAUGACGGAAAAUGAAUGCAUUUGUAACAAAGACAUGAUGGGUGUGUGAUAUGAUCAGACACAGAGCAAAGGUAAAGUGAAGCACAACAAAUGACAAUGAUAAGAAAUAAAAUAUACACAAUGUAUAUAUAUAUAUAUAUAUAUACACACACACUAUAAAAAGACAUUUUUAUCUCCAAAUCUUCCUUAUACCAGUCGACCAAGAAGACUAACAUUUUUUUUUCUUCAAAGUCAAAGCUACAUAAAAUAAUAUGCCUACCUAUAAACAAGUUGAGAAAGCCCAGCUGACAAUUUAGUGGCUUUGUAAGUGUCACAAUAUUUGAGUUAAAAUGGGCACAUCUGGUUGUAUUUUAAGACAACAUCUUCAACCUUGGACACUUGGGUAUAUUUUCAAAAUGCUUGAAAGUUCAACAUAUAUCUCUUUAAAUAAUUAUAUGCAAAUAUAAUCAACAUUAGAAUGUACAAUCACCAUUCAGUUUGUGAAGUAAAAUUUAAUAUUGCAUUUUUGGUCAUAUUGAUAAGAAGACAAGCUCAACUAUGAUGUAUGGUUUACUUGAGCACUUCAGGAAGUAGAUAGUGUCAUUAGGAAUGAAUAUUAUCAGCCAAAUGUCCAAAGAAUGGACAUAAUUUGGUCUUUUAAAAGUAUAAUGAUCGGUAUCAUAGCUCUAAAGUCAUUAUAAAGUUACUUAUGGACCGACAAGUCAAUAUUUGGAGUGCCUAUCUCAAAGCCUUGAUCUCAACUCCAUGGAAACUUCAGAGAGAACUGAAAACGUUUAUUUAGGGUUAUAAAUUAUUGUGUGGAUGUGUGGGUGCAAGUUGUCAAAAAACAAAAAUGAUUUGGUUACCUAAGCACUGUCAGGAAUAAUGGGCCAAAAUUCAAGCAAACUAUCAUGAGAAGCUGGUAGGCAAAAACUUAGACCCAAGUUAUUUAUUAUUAAAUAGAGUUCUGCCAAAUAUUAAGGAAAUGUAUGUUCACUGCUGAAUCAAAGAUAAAAAAAAAGAAAAAAAAAAGUACUUAAAAUGAGAAUUAGCAAAAUAAAAUAACUUUACUGAUCUUACCCAACUAGAAAAUAUUGGGAUACUUAAUGCCAGAGAGUGAUAAAUAAAUAUGUAUUAUUUUAUUUAAAAAAUGGAUACCUAACUGGUUAGAACUGUGUAUGCAUAAAUUUGUGUAAUAAUGUAAAAAAAAAAGACCAAAAUUGUAUGAAAGCUGGCAUAGAAUUGUUAAUUUAUAUAGAAUUUCUGCCAAAAAUUGAACAAUUGAUGAGAGGCUAUUUUUGUUGAAAAUUACAUUAACUUAAAGUAUUAAUGGAAUGAUGAAUAUCAGUUUAAGUGAAUCUGAAUGUUCAGAGAAAACAUACGUACAUCUUUAUCAGUUUAACACUGGAAGCAGCGGUUACUUUGUUGUUUAGUGGUUAAACACUUCUUAGUUAAUGUCUUAAAAUAAAAUCUUGUUCUUUAAAGAGUUCAUAUUAAUUUAAAAGUGGUAAAUUAUACAAAUGAGAAAAUACAGUAUGAAAAUAUUUAUUAAUUUAAGUAAUCUUUAGAUUUUUUUUCCCAAGCUCUCCAUAUUAACAGCUAUGAAUCUAUUCAGCUAGUGUAGGAUUUUAUAAACACCAGAACUUAAUUGUUGCCAACUUUAUUUUUUUCCUUGGUUUCUAAAAGUAAUUUAUUACACACUUUUUAUUGGGAAACUAGCCAUUAAAAGACUGCAGAAUGCGUGGAGAUUUUUUUAUUUAUUUAUUUCGGCAUUAUUUGAUUUGCUUAGAACAGUUAUAUAUGUUUUCGAUAUCCCUACUCUUUCAGAUUCUGAUGUAUCACCUAAAAUGAUCACUAUAAAUGUGACAUGUGAGAAAAUAGAUGAACAAAUAUUGUUUACAUCAUUUCCUACAUGGUGUUGGGUCCUUUUCAUCUUUCAAAUAUAUUUUAGCAUCAAAGGUUGAUUAAAGUUACAGAGUCACAUAAUUGGAGCUUGAGAAAAGAAUUAUAUGAGAUUGUUUUUUAAAUGCAAUACAAAGAAAAGCAUUGCUGUUUGUACUGUGUCUACUAUAUUUUAAUAUAGGUGCAGUACUCAUUGAGAUGGUAAUAUUUUUUAUCAAUGCAACUCUUGGCAUUCCAAAAAUUUUAAGCCAUCUUUUGGGAGGGAUUGGAAGAACUAACUGUGUCCUAGCGGUUAAUUUAAGGUGAAGUUAAAACAUUAUGAGGUAGUCCUCCCUUUGUAUAUCGUCCCAGUAAGUGUAUUGUAUGAGUACCACUGACAAUAAAACAGGCUCUCAAAUGAAUGCAAUCAACCCCACAUUUGACUAUUGCUGAAGGUCUCUUCCUUUCAAAAGUCUUACUGUGGAGACUGGCCAAAGAGACUCUCCCUCCUGUCUAAGUACAUAACAGUUUAGUUGAAUAUUUUUUCUUUUUAUUGUGUAUCAACAUCCCAACAACUUUGAAAGGAUUUAGUUGCUUGGAUAAUAAAGUCACAGUGGAAAUGGAACAUUGAAAGUUCCCAAAUAAUAUUAUGUGGUUGUUAAAAUUAAACAGAAUUAAAAACAUGUUAAUGACCUGUGUGCUCCUUAACAGAAGAUCUGUCUAGUCGAAUUUUAGAACUUAUAAUGAGGCUAUACACUGCCUCAUGCAGAGGAGCUCAAAUACCUAGGGGUAUCUUUCAUGUGUAAGGUGAGAACGAUGGAUACAUGGAUAUAAAACCUUAUCUACAGUUCUACAGGAAUUGCUCCAGUCUGCUGAGAUAAUGAGGGAGGGUUGCCAAAAAGCAGUUACUUUAAUAAAUAUAAAGCCUUUACUAUUUGCAAAAUUAUUCAUUUACUUUUCUAUCAAACAAUGCAAAUUCUUCAAUGAUUAUAUUAAUUCUUGUUAUGAUUCGCAAAACUUAUUUCUUGUAUAUCACUACCUCAUAACUUGACUUUGAAAAAAAAUUUUAAGUUACAUAUGUUGAUGUGACAUUUGCUUUUUCAACAGCUUGGAUUAAACUGGAUAUUCAUCUUUGAAGUAAUCAUAACAGAAAAUAAAGCCUAAAUUAAACUAAAUGCUUGUGUUAAGUUUUACCACCCAGAACUGAAAUGGAAAUGGACACAAAUGUAUAUGAUGUAUUGGAUAAUUACUAAAUUUUUCAACUGAAAGGUAGACACUGCUGCUUUGUUAUAGUUAUUCUGACCUGUUAUUUUCGGGCAUACACACAAGCACUCAUCAUGUUGCCUCAAGACAAAAAAGGGUAAGACAGUUACCCAUUGUUGGUGAGAUGAGGGAUGCCGACUGAAAGCACAAUGCACAAGUCAAUGCUCUUUAGGGGCUGGUAUAGGCUAGUACCACUUUCUUUCUCUGGACACAGAAAGAACAAAAUCGUUCUCUGAUGUUGUAUAUUUACAAUAAAGGGCUCUGUUAUAA